AUGGUGCGAUCGUUAGAAGAACGAGAACGCAGCUGGCAGCGUCAAUUUGCCGAAGUUGAAGGCUGUUACUAUCAGAUGAAGAGCCGCUAUCUCAUGGUUUUGAAUCAUUUCAAAUCACCCGAGAAGCCAAGCAUCAUCGAUGAAUUGAACAGAGUAUAUUUGGACAGCUUGCUGCAGAUGGUGAAGUGCUUUGCUUUAGUGAUGGAGCCAGGCAUGUUGCAACAGUUAAUGGCUGAAGUUUGCCGAACAUCUCGAGAUUCCAUGGAUAAGACAGACGCUUUGGGAUUUUAUCUUAAAGGGCGAACAGAGGAGGGUUCUAGCAGCGGCGAUCUGUUGGAUCUUGCUGCAGAAUACGCCGACAAAGGAGCACAGAGCUUAGAGGCAGCAAACCUUGUACGGUUUUCAGAACAAAGCAAGGAGAAUAUGCAUUGGUUGCAGUCCUGGGAUGCUUUCAUAGUAAAUUGGGUCGGUCGGCCACUAGUUGAAAGCGUAGAGCUUAAGAAUCUAGUCCGUACGGGAAUACCCGAAGCCUAUCGGGCACGAGUGUGGAAGGGGAAUAUAUCUGAUGUUUCUAGAUUAAUACAAAUGACUCUAAAGGAAAAACUGACGGAGUUUGGCAAUGGCUAUUACAGCAGUAUGCUUCGAAAGACAUUGUAUCAACAAGAAAGUGGCGUUUAUGACACAUCAAUCAAACAGAUUGACCUCGAUCUUGUAAGAACUCUUCCUGCGAAUCGCAUGUUUGCUGACCCAGACUCAGAGAAAGUGAAACAGUUAAGAAGGGUGCUUUAUGCAUAUAGGAACCAUGAUACGCUUAUUGGCUACUGCCAGGGAUUGAAUCGGAUUGCUGCGGUAGCCCUCUUAUACCUGGAUGAGGAGGAUGCUUUCUGGUUCCUUAUAGCUUUUACUGAAUUACAACCACCGAAUUAUUAUGCCAGCAAUCUCAUUGGAGCUGUGGCAGAUCAGAAGGUGCUGCGAGACCUAGUAAACGAGAAACUGCCGCGACUUGCAGCGCAUCUACGACAGUUCGAGGUCGAUCUAUCUCUGUUUGCGCUCAGCUGGUUCCUUACAUGCUGCGUAGAUGUUCUACCUCACCAGAUUUAUCUGCCCAUCUUUGAUGUUUUCCUUUAUGAAGGGAAUAAGUCUCUGUUCCGAUUUGCACUGGCAAUUCUCAAAUUGUGCGAACCAGCCGUGAUGCAAAGCAAGACUGUCAGUACCGUUCAUGCAGUUUUAAGCAAACCACGGCAAUAUGUGACAGACUACAAAUCGUUAGCACAGGAACAAAAUGAAGCGAAAAUUUGUUUGAGUCCUGAAAAUUCGCUUGUUUAG